AUGUUCUUGGUGACUGUUACUCAUGAGCCAAAAAAAAUUGAAGAUUUUAUCCAUUUCAGUGCCGAAGCGAUUGAUUACAAUUCUGUUACUACUAAACCCGAUGUCAAAAUAGAUAUGACUGUUAUUUAUCCUCUUCAAUCCCCUAAGUUUAAAUAUUUGGGACAAUCGUGUUUGAAUAUUAAAUUACAAUCAAACUAUUUUAUAUCAGGCCUCAUUAGAAUUUUGAAAUCUGGCAAGAUAAUGAUCCAAGCUACUGACAUCGAUUAUUUAAAAACCUCUAUGAUCAAUGCUAACUUAUCUGAAAAUUCUUCAGUGGUGAUACCAAAUGCACCAUCCAUUAUUGAUAUUAUUGAUGAUGAUCUUGAUUCUGCUCAAGUACCAGAAAAACUUACUGCACCAAUCAAGACUUUUGUUACUAC